GGGGGGGCGGAGUUCCUGAGGCUGAACUCUGCUGGGAUUUCGGGCCUCCCUGAGGAGGCCGUGACCCCGGAAGUGGGGCGUUGGACUCGGGUGCUAGUGUGGCUGCGGAUUGCGGCGCGAACCCCAGGUAGCAGCAGAAACCACAAUGUUUCACUUCUUCCGAAAACGACCUGAGCCUAAGAAGCCCUCAGAAGUGGAGACAGAAGCAGAUGGAUUCAUCCUUUUAGAUUCUGACUCCUCUGAGAAGAUUUGCAUUAACUUAUGUGGUGGUCACUCCCUAGGAUGUUUCUCUGGGUCUCCUCUUGCAGGAGAUACAACAAAUGAGCUACAAAGUAAAACUUCCGAAGUAGAAGGCAACCAACCUUUGGAGACCAGCAAAGAAAACUCAUCCAGUGUGACUGUAGCAAGCCCUGAGAUGGAAAAUAAGGCAGGCCAGAUGCUGGAGAACAGUUCACUGAUGGCCGAGCUCCUGAGUGAUGUACCCUUCACCUUGGCCCCUCAUGUGCUGGCAGUGCAAGGCACCAUCAGCGACCUUCCUGACCACUUACUCUCCGAUGAUGUCAGCGAAAACCUGUCACGAUUUUGGUAUGAUUUUACUCUUGAAAACUCAGUGCUCUGUGAUUCAUAAUCUUCAUGUCUGUUUGUACCUAAGCUUUUAAAAGAAAAUUACCUAUUUUAUCGGAACUGUUUGAUGUUCUUGACAUUUCACUCUUUAAAGGCCCAUAGACAAGCAAGGAUUUUAAAACAAAUAAAAUAGCAUUAUUUUCAGAGUCAGCUUGUAUAAAAUUGAACUUCAGGUUUACUUCUCUUCCCCACAUAAUAAAUAUAAAAAUGAAGUUAUCGAGGUUUUAUGAGAGGAUUAGGUUGUUUAGCUGCUCUCUCAAAGUACUGUGAAUGCGAAUUGAGGCUUUUGCCUGGGUUAUCACAACUUAGCCUGAGCUUGGAAUGCAUGGCAAGUCUCUUCUCUGAUUUUGAAAAUGGUUGAGUUUCUGUUACUCCAUUUUUUUUCCUUCAUAGUGUUUAUAAAUAAGUUCAGAAGUUUCCCUUACUUCCUUCAGUCUCAAAGUACACGAAGUAAUGUAGAAACUUAAAACUUGUCCUAAACACAGUUACAGUGUGCCAGCAUCUAAACCAUCUUCAGGCAGUUUGUUGAGGGGCCCAUUUCCAUUUUCUUCGACUGAGAGCAGCCCUUCCCACCUGUGUGAUUUUGGCCUUCCCACUUUUGUUCUCUGCCUUUCCGCCCCUUCCUAGCAUGCUUUCUCACCAUCCUUCCAAAGAACUUUACUCUGCUUCUACCUCAGUUGGCAUCUGCUCUCCUUACCACAUAUGUUCCCAGUAUAUGAAGGAGCCACAUUUCCUUUCAACCUCUCAGCCUCCUAGAAAAACAUCUCAGAAUGAUACGUAUUAUUGUUGAUAACACCCUUAUUUAGAAAUUGCUGGCCACAAUACAGAUGGAAAGGUUCUUCUAUCAUACAUACUCAACUCAUUUCCAAUUAAAAUGUAGGCAAAACACCUAGAUAUGACUUUUAGUUAUUAUUUAUUCCAAGCAAAACUGAAAGCUUCCAUUGGUCAGUAAGCAUAGAGGGAAGAUUGAUAUAUUGUGAUAGAAUUUUCUAUGCCAUGGAAAACAUUUUCAUUUAUUUAAUUAGUAGAAUAUGACUUACUAAUUUGGUGCCAAACUUUUAAGCAUAUUUUUUCAUAAACAGAAAGUGCCAUAGCAAAAGUAAACACUGUGCAUAAAGAUACAUGAAUUUUAAUGUUAUGUAUGCUUGUUUAAUAGAUGUGGCAUUAAUAAAAAUACUAUAUUAUUUAAAAUUAAAGUAAUAUUUCUAUUGACAAAACAUAGACUACAUUUCCAAUUAAUGUUACCAUAGGAUGUUAAUGAUUAAAUUAGAUCCUUACAUGGUUUCACAAAAUAUCAGUCUAGGAAAUAUGACUUAUCACUGACACAAAUGUGAACAUUUGUGCACUUUUUGUGUAGGUACAACUUUCUAAUAUCCAUGUUAAUGUAUUUUUAAAACUUAAUGUAAGCAAAUAGUUCACUUGUCUAGUAUAUGUUAAAAUUUUCUCUAAACUAACCAUACAUUUCAUUUAUAUUUAUUUCUACCAUGUUUAUAAGUACUGUUGUCUACAAAAUUAUUCUAUUUAAAUAAAUGUGAAUUAAAUAAAUAUUUUGAUUAAUUUCAGAUUCACAAAAA